CCCUUUCCGCCCCCCCCUCUUACUAGAUGAUUCAAGUGAUCGGUGCUACUACAGCUCCGCUACAAGACUGAGGACCCGACUGGUAGCUCGCCCUCUGUGUCUACACAGCCCGACCAGACCCGGGGCUCCUCGUCCCCUCCCACCGCCGUCCCCCCUCCUCUUCCUCCUCCUCCUUCUCCCGGAGGUUCAAACCUCUGAGGCGCCUCCCUGCCCCCACCAGCUGCCUCUACUUUUGGCUGGGCCGGGCCCUUCUCACAAGGUGGCACCUCCUUCUUCUCAGAAGAGCAGGGGAAAUGGGGCCAAGAGGCCGAGCGAGGAGGCCUCAGAGCGUCGAGGUGGGGGAAGCAGCCGACGGGUAGGAAGCCCGUGGCUUCCAACGGACCCCCAAGAGGCCAGACUCCUCGGCUUCCUCCCCCCUCCCCAACACGCUCCCCAGCCCCACCCCCCACCAGCCCGGGUGACUUCCGCGCGACGCCCCACGAGCCGGCCUCCCACGUGCCCACGCCAACCGUCAGUCUCCCCCUCCUACACACGCGCGCACACACACAAACAACAGACACACUCUUCCUAUUGUUCACCUGGCCCGCCUCCCCUCCCCCUUCUUUUUCUCCCUUCCCUCCCUCAGGUGCGACCAGUCCGGGCGCCCUAUUCUUCGCAGCGACCAUUGUGUGUCCCCAUCUCUGCCAUAAGGGCGGGGACGGUGUGCUUUACACGCGGGAGCAUGAGCCUUCUAGACUUUCCCGCUGAUGAGGGUGCCCUGCUGGUGAUGGAAGGGCCAAGGAUGGUUAGAGUCCCCUUCUUAAGGACCCGCCUGGGUAGCCUUUGCGCCGGGCACGCCCAAAGGCCGUAACGCCCCUCAAGCGGCCGCCAUUCCGGUGACGUAGAGGUGUAUGAAGCAAUUGAUACCAGAGAUGGAUUAUCUUGUGCAGAGUUAGUAUCUUUUAAGCAUCCUCAUGUUGCAAAUCCCCGGCUUCAGCUUCCUUCUCCAGAAGAGAAAUGUCAACAAGUGCUGGAACCUCCAUAUGAUGAAAUGUUUGCUGCUCAUUUAAGGUGUACCUAUGCAGUAGGAAACCAUGAUUUCAUUGAAGCAUACAAAUGUCAGACUGUGAUAGUUCAAUCUUUCCUGCGAGCAUUCCAAGCCCACAAAGAAGAAAAUUGGGCUUUACCAAUUAUGUAUGCUGUAGCACUUGACCUUCGAAUUUUUGCUAAUAAUGCUGACCAGCAGUUGGUGAAGAAAGGGAGAAGUAAAGUUGGGGAUAUGUUGGAAAAAGCAGCUGAAUUGUUGAUGAGCUGUUUUCGAGUUUGUGCCAGUGAUACUCGUGCUGGUAUAGAUGAUUCCAAGAAGUGGGGAAUGCUAUUUCUGGUGAAUCAACUAUUUAAAAUUUAUUUUAAGAUCAACAAACUUCAUCUUUGUAAGCCCUUAAUUAGAGCCAUUGAUAGCUCAAAUCUGAAAGAUGACUACAGCACAGCACAGAGAGUUACAUACAAGUACUAUGUUGGUCGCAAGGCGAUGUUUGACAGUGAUUUUAAGCAAGCUGAGGAAUAUCUGUCAUUUGCCUUUGAGCAUUGUCACCGUUCAAGUCAGAAAAAUAAAAGAAUGAUUCUGAUCUAUCUGCUGCCAGUAAAAAUGCUAUUGGGUCAUAUGCCAACAGUUGAGCUUUUGAAAAAAUAUCAUCUUAUGCAAUUUGCAGAAGUAACCAAAGCUGUAAGUGAAGGAAAUCUUCUGCUCCUGAAUGAAGCUCUGACAAAACAUGAAACCUUCUUUAUUCGCUGUGGUAUUUUCCUUAUCCUUGAGAAGCUGAAGAUCAUCACAUAUAGAAAUCUCUUUAAGAAAGUAUAUUUAUUACUUAAAACACAUCAGCUUUCUCUUGAUGCUUUCCUAGUUGCCUUAAAAUUUAUGCAAGUUGAAGAUGUUGAUAUUGAUGAAGUUCAGUGCAUUUUAGCCAAUCUCAUAUAUAUGGGUCACAUUAAAGGAUACAUAUCUCAUCAGCAUCAAAAGCUAGUGGUUAGCAAGCAAAACCCUUUUCCUCCACUUUCAACUGUGUGUUGAUUCUAUAACAUUAAGUAUAGAUUCUACAACACUAGUUCUAAGGAACUUUUGCAGAACCUUAAACUUCGCAGAAUUUUUUUUCAAGUCAUGCAGUUGAAACUCAAAAAGUAAUCCCAUUACACUCAGAACUGGAAUCUUGGAAACUGCUCAUGGCUCCUUUCCCAGGGACACAGAGGCUAUGAACUUGGCAGUGUACCUAGAGGACAUGAAUUGCUCUUUUAUAAAUUAUAGCUUCUGUUAACUUCAGUAUGAUCUGGAGUUUCUCUAUAGGAAAAAAGAAAACAUUCCUAGCCUACCAUGAAACUUUUGUAAAACUUCUGAAAAGAUGGUGUUUUGAAUAUUUUUAAGGCAGCUACAUGUUUUACUUUUCAUAUUGUUAUUCAUAAAAUGACUUUUGUAUUUUUUCAUAAGUAUUUUGACAAAAUAUUCAGAAUGUUUGGAGAUUGUCUUCACUAUGUCAUCUUUCAGAAUAUUAAGGUUUCAGUAUUCCAUUUGAAUAUUGUUUUGCCCAUAACAGCUUGGAAACCUUAAAUUUCUUUAAAAGGCAAAUUAAAUUUUUUUUUGAAAACUUUUC